AUGGCUAGCAAGUGCCGGAUCUCCUCAAGCUUCGACGAGUACGAACUGAAAUCUCCCGCACGCGCUAGUUCUCCCCAAGUCCUUGGCGAGUACUGUGAAAUGAAGCCCUCGAUGCGUCGCAAGUACGUCAAGGUUUUCUCGAGUUCGCCCAAUGCCACAGCGAUCGGGCCGCUCAAUGCGCAUCGAUAUAUCGCAAACGCGCCCAACGCUCUGGCGAACGGGCAGUAUUAUCCAACGCUACUCGUCCGCUCAGCAUACCUCGCGCCACUGACUUCAAUUUCCUCCGCUCAACAUCCAGCUUCGCGACCUGUGAUUACGGAUGCCACGAGCAUCAAUCCAAUGCCACGCAAGAGCGUCGAUACGCUACUACUCAAGAGCGUCAAGGCCGAUGCCCAACAAGAGCAUCAAUUCAUCCGCGCCGAGUACACCAACGCCCCCACAAGCUCUCCCGAUGUUGCCGCGACAACCGCGUCGCUCGAUGACCUCUCGUCCAUCGCGUCUUGA